AUGGAUAUCAAGAAACGAUCCUCUUUCCACUUAACUUCAAAAAUCAUCUUCAUUUUGCUCUUUAUUGCUCAUUGCAAAACAUUUCCCAAUAUUGUUGAUGAAAAGCAAGUUCACACAUACAUUGUUCAUGUACAGCCGCACAAGGAAAAUGAGUUCCUCGGGGAUGAAGAGCGAGAGGCUUGGCACAAAUCAUUCUUGCCAAACACCACCCUCGACUCUGGUGAGCAACGACUAGUCUAUUCCUACCGAGAAGUCAUUAGUGGCUUCGCUGCACGACUAACAAGAAAAGAAGUGGAAGACAUGAAAUCAAUGGAGGGGGUAAUGCAUGCACAACAAGACCAAGAACUCUCACCUAGGACUACAUACACACCCUCUUUCAUAGGCUUAAGCCAAUGGCAUGGCCUUUGGGUUGAUUCUUUCAUGGGACAAGGAAUGAUCAUUGGAGUAAUUGACAGUGGCAUCACUCCAGGCCACUCUUCCUUCAAGGAUAGCACCGUUGACAAACCAAUGCCACCACCACCAAAGAAAUGGAAGGGGAAAUGUCAAUUCCGAAAACAAGGUUAUUGCAACAACAAGCUCAUUGGCGCAAUAUCAUUCCAAAAUGGGCGAAGUCCAGCACCAAGGGAUCAAAAGACAAAUGGGCACGGCACACAUUGUGCAGGCAUUGCUGCAGGAAGCAUGGUCCCUGAUGCGGAUGUUCGGGGUCUUGCCAAAGGCACUGCAUCUGGUGUUGCGCCCAGAGCUCACUUAGCAAUUUAUCAGUCAUGUACAACGACAAGUUGUUCGAGUACUGACGUAUUGAAGGCUAUGGAUCAAGCGAUUGAUGAUGGAGUAGAUGUGUUAUCUAUUUCUCUAGGACCAUCUCUAGGUCAACGUCAGGACCCUUACUAUGUUGAUAGCAUGGCCAUUGGUGCAUUCUCGGCCAUUCGCAAAGGUUUGGUUGUUUCCUUACCAGCAGGCAAUUCAGGCCCAGAAUUUAGUUCGAUCGAGAAUGAUGAGCCAUGGGCAAUGACAGUGGGAGCUAGCAGCCAUGAUCGAAGAGCAAAAGCAACUGUAAAGCUUGGAGAUGGCACUGAGAUAGUUGGAGAAACGGGAUACCAAGAUAACAACUUCAAUGCCACAUUACCUCUUGUUUUCCCUAGUGUCCUGGGACAGAAUGGCACUGAAGGUUGCAAAAAGGACUCGUUUGAUAAUGUUGAUGUCAAAGGAAAGAUAGUCAUAUGCUACAUUUACGGAGGAACUUACAUUGACAUGGGUGUAAAUGUGAAGAAUGCAGGAGGAGCGGCAAUGAUCAUAACAGAUACAUUCAGAGAAGGAUCUACCACAUUUUCUGAUGUUCAUGUUCUUCCGACAGCACAUGUAGAUGAUCCCGGAUUGAAGAAGAUUAUACGUUACUUGAGAUCUGAUCCUAAUCCAAAUGCUACCAUAACUUUUGGUGGCACUACCUUUGGAGCACGUCCAUCUCCAACCAUUGCUUACUUCUCAUCUAGAGGGCCAAGCUUGCUUAAUGGAGGUAUUUUGAAACCAGAUAUUGUUGGACCUGGGGUGAAUGUUCUCUCAGCAUGGCCUAAGAAGCCAGGUCCAGGAUCUAAAGCACCUCCUGGGUCAUACUUCAACUUUCAAAGCGGGACAUCAAUGGCAACUCCUCAUCUCGCUGGAGUCGCCGCAUUACUCAAAAGCACACAUAAGAAUUGGUCGCCUGCAGCAAUCAAGUCAGCAAUCAUGACAACGGCAGAUAGACUAGACCGUGACCUCAAACCAAUCACUGAUGACUACAAUGGAACUAGGGAUGUUGCUAAUUUGAUUGCUUUGGGUGCAGGGCAAGUGAACCCGCAAGCAGCUAAUGACCCUGGUCUUGUUUAUGACAUAAAACCGUUCAAUUAUAUCCAAUACCUCUGUGGCAUUGGCUAUAGCGAUGCUAAUGUUUCAACCGUAGCUGGUCGUCAAAUCCAAUGCGCCAACCUUGUCAAAAUCAAUGCGGAAGAUUUGAACUAUCCUUCGAUAUCAGUUACAUUGGAUCCAAAAGCAAAAAAGAGUAUCACAAGGCAGUUGACAAAUGUGGUCGAUGGAGGUACUGAAGUUUAUCAUGCAGUUGUUGAAGAUCCAAAAGGAAUUAAUGUUGAUGUUUCUCCUAAUACACUUCGGUUCUCAAGACUUGAUCAGAAAAGGAAGUUCACUAUUGAAUUUGAGGUCACUGGCAUGCCACUAAGCCAAGGUGAGACAACACAGGGACAGUUGCUGUGGAUUUCCCCAAAACAUGAAGUUAGGAGUCCAAUUUUGGUCACCUUUUCCUGA